AUGUAUUAAAAUCUCUAAGUUUAAUAACCUAAUUCCAAAUAUAAGACCCAAUUGUGUCGCCAUUUUGUUACUAUUGGUUCUUGUGCACUGGGAGCUAGGUGUUAAUUUGCACAUGGAAGAUAGGAACUUAGAACCAAUAAUCAAGUUGUGACAAAUUACACUCAAACUAAUAUCCAAUAAAACCAUCAAGGAGAUACUCAAAACAGGGUUCAACAUAUUAAUCCUAUGAUUGCUAAUUAUAAGACAUAAUUAUGCAAACAUUUUAAUCCUCAAAUAGGCUAAUGCAAAAAUGGUUCUACUUGCACUUUUGCUCAUGGCGAAUAGGAACUUAAUUAAAUAAACCCUUAUUUACAAAAUCAAUACAUGUAAAUGCAACAGUAAAUUAAACAAUAAAGUUAAGUUACUUUGCAAGCAGAACUUACUUAAUAAAUUUUAAUUAUGAUACUCACAAAUAUGGAAGCUAUUUUCCCUGGAUAAAAUAAUAUUAUCAACUUAUUAAAAUUAGGAUAAGAAAAGGCAAGGUAAGGAGACAAUCAAACAGCCAGUGAAAUAAUUAAGCAAAUCAUACAUGACGAAUAAAGAACCAAAGAAGAAAAAAACUAAUACCAAUUAAUUUAUAAUAAUGCUCAAAAUCAUUACAGUCAAAAAUUAAAAGAAUGUAACAUGUGA